AUGGCUCCUCGCGGGAAAGCUCAGUCGACUCGAGAGGCCCGAAAUCCCCUGGGCGCAAAAUCAAGCUCUAGGGGCGGCAUUCAAAAGCGAAGAGGUCCGACAAGAGUCGACACCGAUGGAGAUCUCGACAUGGAUGGCCCAUCCAAGCGGCCAAACAGAGGUCCUGCGACUGAAACAAGUGGUGGCAGAGGCAGACCCUCGGGAAGAGGAGGUCCAGGGCCAUCUAGAGGGGCUGCCAAGGUUGCUCAAAUCGUAAUGAAGCAACUUGGAGGCGGUUCUGACUUGGCGUCCCGAGUUUCAAGACCCAGAGGUCGAGGUGGCCAAAUCGAAGGGCUUACCUGGCUAAGGGUCCGUGGCCUCAAACAAAGCAAGGCUGCGUCCAACUCAGAUGGGGGGCUCUCUGACCUGCUGAGCUUCCUGGAAAGGAAAGCUUCUUCUCUCGGAACUGGACGGAAACGACACAUUACGAUUCGAAAGUCACACAGAGCUGGGGAAUUCGUUUUUGUGGGGGCCAAUAAGGAGGAUGCGGAGGAACUUCUCAAGCUCAACACGUUCACAUUUGCCGGCGUUCAGCUGGAGGUGGUGGAGUCUAAUGGUGAUUUUGAGCCGUCAAGCAAGGCGACAGAGUCACCAGAGACGGCAGAACUACGCGCAAAACUUCAGUCGAUUCUCAGCCAACGCUAUAUCGGUGAAAACAAACUACUCAAGCUCGACGCUCUUGCCUCUGACCCUGAGCUGGUCACUCUUGGCAUGUUCGAAAACCGAGAGAGGGCACUCAAGACCUUCAAGGGCCUCAUGGCGAUCUGCGAUGGUCUCUUCAAGACGGCUCAGGAAAAGAAGGAUGCGAUUCACAGCAUCAGCCUCGCUAAUAACAGCAUUGACAAUGUUAUUCAGGUGGAGUCCGUGGCAGUAUCGUUCCCACAGCUAAAGAAUCUCGAUAUGAGUGGCAACCAAGUUAGCAACAUGGACGGACUCCAACGAUGGAAGGGGAAGUUCAAGGAGCUCGAGACCAUUUACAUGACCGGGAAUCCGAUCGAGGGGACGGACGUCAACUAUAAGACUACUCUGCUCGAAUGGUUCCCCAAGCUCCAAAACAUCAACGGGGUUGAGCUUCGCACUGCGCAGCAGAUCGCUGAGCAAGAGGCUGCCCGUCUACCAAAACCGAUCCCGCAGAGCGGUCCCGACUUCCGGGACGUCAACGGCAUCGGCGAACAAUUCCUGCUCGAUUUUUUCACAGCAUACGACACCAAUCGUGAAGGACUUAUAGCCAGGCUAUAUGACGCUGGCAGUCAGUUUUCCCUGGCCGUGGACGCCGUCUCCGUCAGGGAUCCAAACGCACCGGCCCCUCUGCCAUGGGCGGCCUACAUCAAAUCAUCUCGCAACUUGAUGAAAAUCAACAGCCACCACGCCAGAUCACAACGACUAUUCAAGGGGCAACCGGCCAUCAACGACCUGUGGAAGGAACUCCCUAUGACCAAACACCCCAACAUGAAGGAAGAGCUAAGCAAAUACAUUAUGGAUUGUCAUCCGCUCCCAGGCUUGGCCGACCCCACAGGUCAAAGCCAACUGGGUGUCGAUGGCUUAAUCCUUGCCGUUCACGGCGAAUUCGAAGAGUACGACCAGAAAUCAGGAACCACUGGCAAGCGUAGCUUCUCUCGCACUUUUGUGCUCGGACCGGGCCUAUCCGGAACCGCUCCGAUCAGAGUCGUCAGCGACAUGCUGUCUCUGCGAGCGUACAGCCCCCUUCCGAACGUAUUUGUUGCGCCUUCACCAGCCCCCGUGGAUGCGGCGAACCAGCAUCAAGCAAUGAUCGCCGAGCUGUCAAAACAAACAGGCAUGGUGCCUCAGUACUCAGAAAUGUGCCUGUCACAAGUCGAAUGGGACUUUGGCAGAGCCUUGGUCAUCUUCAACGAGAAGAAGGCACAACUACCACCGGAAGCAUUCGCACCAGCCGCCUAG